GGCCCCGCCCCGCUGCCAGCGGCCUUAGCGCGCGGGCCGCGGGGGGCGCAGAGCGCGCAGCGAUGGCGGCGGCGGCGGAGCGGGCCCGGGAUGGGAGCUGCCACUUCCAGCGCUCCCGCCUCCUGUGGAUGGUCGCCAUCAUCUUCGGCAUGGUCGUCCUCGGCUGGGUAACACUUUGGCCUUCGACUAUACCUUAUAGUUAUUUGGGAAUAUUUGGUACCUUCCUUAAUUAUUUAGUGGAACACCACCACAAAUGGGUCUGCUACAUGUUCUGGGUAUCCUGGUUGAUUCACAUAGUAGAAGCCCUCUACGGUAUUAAGUUAUGCCAAUCAAAAGGAAUCACUGACCCGUCAGUUCAGUUCCAGUGGUUCGUUCAGACCCUUUUAUUCGGGUAUGCUUCCUUUGGUCUUCUGGUGGCUUACAAACCUUCAGCCAAGAAGCAGUACUAGAAGAGAGUGGAAGACGUCACUUCUCACAUUCACCCUCAUUUUUCAGAACAGAUCCUCACUUACAUGUUUAGGUGCUGUAAUUAUCUAAUUUACAUUCCUGCUGCACGAUGCAGUGCCCUUCUACCCAAGCAACUCUCCUCAUAGUAAGCAAGACAAUUAAAAUUCACAGGUCCCUGUGGAUAGAUAAGUAGAAAUUCAGCCCUUCAGUCUUGGCACUGCCGAAGUUUAAUCCUAUUUAUUUUGCAAGAAGCCGAAAGUUGCUUCUCUGCAGUUUGUGACAUAGGCUGUGUACUCUGACAGCUGAUAGUAGUGGCUGAUAAAUUACCUUUUCAUGAGGAGGAUUUUCCUUCUACAACUAAUUGACAGCCACAAGGCAACUUGCACCUGUUUUGCAACAGGAUUUAAAUGUACUUAUAUUUUCUCUACGGUAUUGGCACUGUUGUUGUUAAAGCCUGGUCUUUGUACUUUGUUUUGUCAACUUAUUUUAUUCCACAAAGGACAGACCACUAUAUUGCUGCAAGCACAUCAAAAAGACCAAGUCUCAGCUCAGGCUAAAGUGUAGUGAGCUUGGAUACAUAAAGCACUUUAACUUGGUCUAAUACAUGUGCCUUAAAAUUUGUGCAGCAUGACCUCAUCUUUUGGAUGAAGAUUUUAAUCUAUGAGUUACUAAAGUAUAAAGUAGCUUUGAGGGCAGCUUUUUUGAGAAGGAAUUUAUUAUCUAAGGAAAAAAAAUUAUCAUUCCAAAAUCCAGCUGAAAAGUUUAUAUUUGUGAAUGAAAUUAGGUGUAGUGAAUAAACAUUUACCAGUGUUUCCCAGAUGCUGGUGUUAUGAAAUCUGUGGUUGGGAGACCAUCUUAAGCACCCUCAGAGUAUUUCCUGUAUGUGUAGUGAGUCUUUUAUCAUACUGUCUUUUACUUUUGGAUAUUUGAACAAGAAUUUAGCCUGUUUAGUUUUAGCACUUUAAAAAGUAAUAACUAUUUAAAAUAUUAACUCUGGUGUUGGAGAAGUUUUACCAUUCCACUUGUUCUGCUGCUGUUCUGGAAGAAAGGAUAAGAAUAGGUUGCUCUUGCUCUAAUCAAGAGCUCCACAAGGCAGUAAUAAAUAACGUUGUGUGUGCCUUGUGCGGUAGCUACAGACUAACACUUCUGAUGAAGAAGUCUUAUUCAAGCACAGGUACAUAAAGUUUUUGCUUUCAGUGCAUACUAAAAGCAUGGAGAACUGAAGGGUUUGGUGGUUUGUUUGUUUGGUGUUUUUUUCUUAUUUAAUGGUAAACGGGUACAUUAACAUUUUGUAGAAAAGUAGAAACUCAUGUUUAGUGCCUGGAAAUCCAACAGGAGUGUCAAAAACAUGAGCUGUCAUUUUACUGUGUAACUUCCUAUCUUAGUCUGUGACCCUGGAAUAAAGAUUUUAAAAAAGUGAAGAA